ACUGAGCCCACGUUUCAGGUUGCAGAAGCCUUUAGUUCACGCGUAAAGUCAACGACCGCAAUCACAUCGCCAAUCUCGUUGCUGAAGGUGAUAAGCACUGUCGAGUAUCAAUUCUUAAAUCAUCGCACUCUUCAGCAAUACUCCGCCUGGUCUAGAGAGACUAGUGCGGCAUUUGGUUCUGCUGAUUAGGGAAGCUUUAUUUGUUUCCGCCCGUGCAAGACCUAAGAGUAUUGGUCAAUUGCAUCUCCUGUUGCUCAGAGAUCCUUUUUCCCACAACUUUGUUUUUGGAGACACAGUAUCAGAUAUUCUAUUGGCUUUUGUGUAAUCGUAGAAUAGGAGGAUGAGGAAUCUGGUUGUCAGUUGAACCAGGGCGGCGCUGGUGGGAGAACAGGGGUCGAUUGUCGGCAGAGUUUCAAGGUCACUGGCAGCAUAGAAAGAGAGAGAUUGAGCGAACACGUGAGGAAGAAUGGAUGUGCCGCUCGAUACUUACCAUAUCGAGCUCCAGAAGCAAUCCUCCCUUCUCUUGGCACCUCCACAACGAGGCGUCAGCGGUGAUCGCUUGAUUGAUUUGGAAUCAUGGCUACCCAUCACUGCGGCAGACCGCAGCGCCAACUGGAAGCAUGCGGCUUUCCACAACGUGACGGCCAUGAUGGGAGCGGGUGUUCUCGCUUUGCCCAAUGCCAUGGUCUACCUCACAUGGGGUCCAGGUAUCCUAAUGCUCAUUCUGUCAUGGAUCAUCACCCUCUUCACUCUCUGGCAGAUGGUGGAAAUGCACGAAGCUGUCCCGGGUAGGCGGUUUGAUAGAUAUCAUGAACUAGGCCAGGAAGCAUUCGGUCCCAAAUUGGGGCUAUGGAUCGUGGUCCCGAUGCAAUUAGUAGUCGAGGUAGGUGUGGACAUCGUUUACAUGGUGACCGCAGGAAAAUCUCUGCAACACGCUUACUCCAUCACCUGCGGCGACCACUGCCAGUUGCAGGACAGCAUUGUCUUCUGGAUCUUCCUCUUCGCCAUCGUGCAGCUUGUGCUAGCCCAGCUGCCCAACUUCAACUCCAUAGCUGCCAUCUCGUUAGCUGCCGCCAUCAUGUCCAUCAGCUACUCCACCAUAGCCUGGGCCAUUCCUGCUCACUAUGGCCACACUCUCCCCGGCAACAUCGAGCUACUGCAGCCGGUAAGCUACGACUUCCCGCCGUUCAAACCUGUCCAGCUGGUGCAAGCGGGAGGUUCCGCUGUACAAAAGGCUCCAGAAGAUUUGUCAACAGCAGACCGGUGGUUCGGAGCUUUCACUGCCCUCGGAACAAUCGCAUUUGCCUAUGCAGGGCACAACGUGGUAUUGGAGAUUCAAUCCACGUUGCCUUCCACUCCACACGAGCCAUCCAAGAUCGCCAUGUGGCGAGGGGUCAAAUUUGCUUACGGAGUUGUGGCAAUCGGCUAUUUCCCUGUUGCGUUGAUUGGGUAUUGGGCUUACGGUAACCAAGUGACGGACGAUAUCAUCACCUUCGUCUCACGGCCAACCUGGUUAGUGGUCAUCGCCAAUUUGAUGGUGGUCGUCCAUGUGAUCGGAAGCUACCAGAUCUAUGCCAUGCCAGUUUACGACAUGCUGGAAUCAACCCUGGUGGGGCACUUGCGUUUCAAUCCGUCGAUGCUUCUUCGACUCGUCACCCGCUCUCUCUACGUCAGCUUCACCAUGUUCGUCGCUAUGACGUUCCCGUUUUUUGCUGCUUUGCUGGGCUUCUUCGGAGGAUUUGCAUUCUCACCGACCACGUACUUUUUGCCUUCCAUCAUGUGGCUAAUGAUAUACCGGCCGAGUCCCAUGAGCUGGUCAUGGAUCACAAACUGGGCGGUGAUCGUAUUCGGCGUGGUGUUGAUGUUUGUGUCGACCAUCGGUGGUUUCCGAUCCUUGAUGACUGAAGCAGCCAAUUUCCACUUCUACACAUAGAAAUCACUUCUGUUCUAAGUCUUCUAGAUUCUUCCCGAUUUAUCACUUUCGUAGCAGUUCAUGAAUUGUGAACCUUGCUGGCACUCGAUGCAUGUGCUGGGUGCUUGUUGCUUUUUCCGGUUCAACUCUUUACGAUUGACACCCACUUGAUUUAGAAACUCAUGUGUAGAUAAACAUCCAUUUUAUCUGAAUUUUUUGCCUCUUUUACAUUUGAUGAUU